CUGGCACGUUCCGGGAGGACCCCCGGCGCAGAAGAGGAAAGGGAGCCGGCGCAAGGAGACUGGAAAGGCAGCAUGCGCCCCCCGGGAGCAGCCUCGGCGCCCACGGUCUGAGGCGGGAGCCUCAGUUCGCCAUUGUGAGCCGCCGCCGGGGGAACUCGCACGCGCCGCGGUCCCCCCGGGUCCCUUCUGCACGGUGAUGGGGCACCUGCCCACGAGAUCCCGCGGCGGCCGCCGCUUCCUGUCUCUGCUCUGGCUCUUUGUGCUGCUCAAGAAUGCCACAACAUUCCAUGUAACUGUUCAAGAUGAUAAUAGCAUCGUUGUCUCUUUAGAAGCUUCAGAUGUCAUGAGCCCAUCAUCUGUGUAUGUUGUGAAGAUAACUGGGGAAUCAAAAAAUUACUUCUUCGAAUUUGAGGAAUUCAACAGCACUUUGCCUCCUCCUGUUACCUUUAAGGCUAAUUACCAUGGCCUUUAUUAUAUAAUCACUCUGGUAGUGGUAAAUGGAAAUGUGGUUACCAAGCCAUCCAGAUCAAUCACUGUGUUAACAAAACCCCUACCUGUAACCAGUGUUUCAAUAUAUGACUAUAAACCUUCUCCUGAAACAGGAGUCCUAUUUGAAAUUCAUUAUCCAGAAAAAUAUAAUGUUUUCACAAGAGUAAACAUAAGCUACUGGGAAGGUAAAGACUUCCGAACAAUGCUAUAUAAAGAUUUCUUUAAGGGAAAAACAGUAUUUAAUCACUGGCUGCCAGGAAUAUGUUAUAGUAACAUCACUUUUCAGCUGGUAUCUGAGGCAACUUUUAAUAAAAGUACUCUUGUGGAGUACAGUGGUGUCAGUCAUGAGCCUAAACAGCAUAGAACUGCCCCUUAUCCACCUCGAAAUAUCUCAGUUCGUAUUGUAAACUUGAACAAAAACAACUGGGAAGAACAGAGUGGCAGUUUUCCAGAGGAAUCGUUCAUGAGAUCACAAGAUACAGUGGGAAAAGACAAACUCUUCCAUUUUAUGGAUGAAACCCCUGAAAUUCCCUCUGGCAACAUUUCUUCUGGUUGGCCCGAUUUCAACAGCAGUGACUACGAAACUCCAUCCCAGCCCUAUUGGUUGGGCGGCGCAUCUGCAACUCCCGAAAGUGAAGAUGAUUUUGUCAGUGUCCUUCCCAUGGAAUAUGAAAAUAACAGUACACUCAGUGAGACUGAGAAAUCAACAGCAGGCUCUCUCUCAUUUUUUCCUGUACAAAUGAUCCUGAAUUGGUUACCACCCAAACCACCCACUGCCUUCGAUGGGUUCCAUAUCCACAUAGAAAGAGAAGAAAACUUUACUGAAUAUUUGACAGUGGAUGAAGAAGCACAUGAAUUUGUUGCAGAAUUGAAGGAGCCUGGGAAAUAUAAGUUAUCUGUGACAACCUUUAGUUCCUCAGGAUCUUGUGAAACUCGAAAAAGUCAGUCAGCAAAAUCACUCAGUUUUUAUAUCAGCCCUUCAGGAGAGUGGAUGGAAGAACUGACUGAGAAGCCCCAGCAUGUGAGUGUCCACGUUCUAAGCUCAACCACUGCGUUGAUGUCCUGGACAUCUUCCCAGGAGAACUACAAUGGCACCAUCGUGUCUGUGGUGUCGCUCACCUGCCAGAAACAGAAGGAGAGCCAGAGGCUAGAAAAGCAGUACUGCACUCAGGUGAACUCAAGCAAAUCUAUUAUUGAAAAUCUGGUUCCUGGUGCCCAGUACCAGGUCGUGAUGUACCUAAGAAAAGGCCCUUUGAUUGGACCCCCUUCAGAUCCUGUCACAUUUGCUAUCGUUCCAACAGGGAUAAAGGAUUUAAUGCUCUAUCCCUUGGGUCCUACGGCAGUGGUCCUGAGCUGGAGCAGACCUUACUUAGGAGUGUUCAGAAAAUACGUAGUUGAAAUGUUUUAUUUCAACCCUGCAACAAUGACAUCAGAGUGGACAACGUACUAUGAAAUCGCAGCAACUAUCUCCUUGACUGCAUCCGUGAGGAUAGCCAAUCUAUUGCCAGCAUGGUACUACAACUUUCGAGUUACCAUGGUCACAUGGGGAGACCCGGAAUUGAGCUGUUGUGACAGCUCCACCAUCAGCUUCAUAACAGCCCCAGUUGCUCCGGAAAUCACAUCUGUGGAGUAUUUCAACAGUCUGUUAUAUAUCAGUUGGACAUAUGGUGAUGACAAAACUGACCUCUCCCAUUCUAGAAUGCUACACUGGAUGGUUGUUGCAGAAGGAAAGAAGAAAAUUAAAAAGAGUGUCACACGCAAUGUCAUGACUGCAAUUCUCAGCCUGCCUCCAGGAGAUAUCUACAACCUCUCAGUAACCGCUUGCACAGAACGAGGAAGUAAUACCUCCAUGCUCCAGCUUGUCAAGCUAGAACCAGCUCCCCCAAAAUCACUGUUUGCCGUGAAUAAAACCCAGACUUCGGUGACUUUGCUGUGGGUGGAAGAGGGAGUAGCUGAUUUCUUUGAAGUCUUCUGUCAACCAGUUGGCUCGAGUCAAGAAACAAAACUCCAGGAGCCGAUUUCUGUUUCCUCUCACGUUGUGACCAUCUCCAGCCUCCUUCCCGCCACUGCCUACAACUGUAGCGUCACCAGCUUCAGCCACGACAGCCCCAGCGUCCCCGCGUUCAUAGCCGUCUCAACAAUGGUUACAGAGAUGAACCCCAAUGUGGUAGUCAUCUCGGUACUGGCCAUCCUCAGUACACUGUUAAUUGGACUGCUGCUCGUGACCCUUAUCAUUCUGAGGAAAAAGCACCUCCAGAUGGCAAGGGAAUGCGGAGCAGGAACUUUUGUCAAUUUUGCUUCUUUGGAGAGGGAUGGAAAGCUUCCAUACAACUGGCGUAGGAGUAUAUUUGCUUUCUUAACCCUGCUACCCUCAUGUCUUUGGACUGAUUAUCUUUUGGCAUUUUAUAUUAAUCCUUGGAGUAAAAAUGGUUUAAAGAAGAGGAAACUGACUAACCCAGUUCAACUGGAUGACUUUGACGCCUACAUCAAGGAUAUGGCCAAAGACUCUGACUAUAAAUUUUCUCUUCAAUUUGAGGAGUUGAAAUUGAUUGGACUGGACAUCCCCCACUUUGCGGCAGACCUUCCACUGAACCGAUGUAAAAAUCGUUACACAAACAUCCUACCGUAUGACUUUAGCCGAGUAAGAUUAGUCUCCAUGAAUGAAGAGGAAGGCACGGACUAUAUCAAUGCCAACUACAUUCCUGGAUACAACUCAUCCCAGGAGUAUAUUGCCACACAGGGACCACUGCCUGAGACCAGAAAUGACUUUUGGAAGAUGGUUCUACAACAGAAGUCCCAGAUCAUUGUCAUGCUCACGCAGUGUAACGAGAAAAGAAGGGUGAAAUGUGACCAUUACUGGCCGUUCACGGAAGAACCCAUAGCUUACGGAGACAUCACCGUGGAGAUGAUCUCGGAGGAAGAGAGGGAUGACUGGGCCUGCAGACACUUCCGGAUCAACUAUGCUGAUGAGAUGCAGGAUGUGAUGCAUUUCAACUACACGGCGUGGCCUGAUCACGGGGUGCCCACGGCAAAUGCUGCGGAGAGCAUCCUGCAGUUUGUACACGUGGUUCGACAGCAAGCUACCAAGAGCAAGGGCCCCAUGAUCGUGCACUGCAGUGCCGGAGUCGGCCGGACGGGAACAUUCGUUGCCCUGGACAGGCUCUUGCAGCACAUUCGGGAUCAUGAGUUUGUCGACAUCUUAGGGCUGGUGUCCGAAAUGCGAUCCUACCGGAUGUCUAUGGUGCAGACAGAGGAGCAGUACAUUUUUAUCCAUCAGUGUGUGCAACUGAUGUGGAUGAAGAAGAAGCAGCAGUUCUGCAUCAGCGAUGUCAUCUAUGAAAAUGUUAGCAAGUCCUAGUUCAGAAUCCAGAGCAGACAGGACAUGCCUCCCUUGCUUCCAGAGUUUUUUAGGGGCCCUGCUGGCCAUUUUGCUAAGAAGGGCCCCUGCUUUGUAGUCUGUGGCCAAGGAGAUAAUCUAUCUCACCGAAGCACUGGGAAGACUUAGCCUUAAAGAGCCUACAGUGUCUUUUGGACUCCUUUACUUCUGGACAUUUAAUAACGGACCAAAUUCAACUGAACACCACAAAGGUCCAGACGCUCUGCAAAGGGCAGGAAGCACAGCACUUCCGAAGAGUUUCCUUGGCCCUUGGCUGGUUGGGCUGAGUUUUUUGUUGUUGUUGUUUUUAAGUGCAAUAAUUUUUGUAUGUGUGAUUUUAUCAGGAAGUUGAAUUGUUUUUACCCACACGACCGACCAAGCCCGUAGCCCAAGAGGGAACAGGAAUGGUUAGUAUCAAAUUAUACCUCAUUGUUAAAAAGUGGCCUGGUCACACAUGAGGAAAUGUUAAUUCCACUUCAAGGAAAUUGAACCAGCGAUAUCUGUCCUCCAACAUUAAGCUGCUGGAUCAGGAGUGGGGUGGGCGGAGGGGGUGGGGGGAAGAGAGAAGGGUUCUACCCACAGAUCAACUGCAUAUGUUUUCCAAAUAUGAAAAGCUGUAAUCCAGCUGCAAAGUAGAGUAGAAAAAAUAUUUAAGUCUUAUUGUUCUAGUUCUUGAUGGUUUUCUUCCUUAUUAACAGUUAAGUGUUGUUUUUUCCUGGGCCCUCUUGAACUAAUGUCACUGUCCAGAUUCUUUUUUCACCAAACCAGAUCUGGUUCGGAACAGUUUGAAGAAGGACUCUUAAGACUCCAUUGCUGUCUGAGCAACCUUGGUGCCUAGACUUUGCAUUCCUUUUUCUGUGGACCUGCAUACAUGUGAAAGCUAUUUCUUUGAGAACUAUAUAGGCUGUGAAAAACGCACUUUCUUUCCCUCAAAGAGCUGGGGAUUUAUGAAGUUAUGGCAACGAACUGCAGCAUGCUAGGACGAUAAUUUGGCUAUUGUCAAGCGUCUCUAUGGAUUCCAACGGAGGUUUCUUUUGGUUUUGUUUUCUUUCGGGUUGUCGGUUUCAUUUUAACCAGUGUAACUAGUAACAUUUUCUUCUUCGGAUUUUGUAUAAUUACAGUACGUGAUUGUGUAUUGUGACCUUCAUGCUGUCAAGAAGUCUUGACAGCAUCGUGAAGCCUGUUACUUUGUGUCACUUCCUUAAAAAUAAGAGGUGAUGGUAUGGAGAUACAAAGGAAAACAUUUGGAGCUGAGAGUAAACACAAGCUGACUGCUUCACUGUGGCAAUGUGGCUGUCCCGCCUUCCCGUGUGUGCUUCCGCAGGCUUUGCUCUUCUCUGUGUAUCUGAUCAUCACCCCUUGCCCUGGCUUCCCUUCACUCCUGAUCAUCUUCACGAAGCCAUGUACCUAGGAGCAGCUUAAUAAUUUAUCAGUGACCUUAGUGGUGGCGAAGGAUGCCAAGCGAACAGCUCCGCACCCCGCCGUCUCCUGCCACUGAGAAGGCUUGGCCACAGCGGACCUUGGCACGGGUCUCUGCAAGAGCUGGUCAGUGAGUCUCAGGUUCACCUUGCAGGGGGAAAGGCAGAGGACACCCAGACCCCGUGGCUUAACAGCUUGGGCUCCUCAGGCGUUGUGAGUUCUCACUCACCUCCCUUCCUCCCCUUCUCGCCUCCCUGCUGCCACCUCCUCUUCUCACCCCUACCUGUUCCAUUUCCCUUCUUGGACAUGUUCAUAAGGUAUCACUCCAUUCUCAGGAACACACGGGGCUAAAGAAAGGUGGCAAAGGGUUGUGUGACAUUCUUAGAUUUUCACACAAGGACAGGUCAGGAGGGACACGGGCAACCUCGGAAGGGGCCGAUAAGAUGGAGCGGGUAAGGUGGAAUUCGUUUUGGCUUUGCAGACUGGACUAUUACUUCCCCUGAAACUUAAAGCACUUCGUAAAUAUUUCAUGUUUUUUCUUGAGCAUCCCCUUCAAUGUCGGGAUCAAAUGGUACCAGAUCAGUUUUCCCAAAAGAGAAGAUAAAGUAGCCAGAGUUUAGACUGAAGACUCCGAGCUGAGACCACAGAAAGUUCCCACAAAAGCACUUUACCAGAUCCUUCCUUCAGGGGUCUCCAGAGCAGUCACUUUGUUCACUGGGACACGGGUGCUCCUGAGGCUGUAGAAUUUAUAGUGAGGAAAGCAUCCAUCUGUCAGGAGGCUUGGAUUUUCAUCCCAACAGAUGCCUUUGGGACUUCUCUCUCCUGAGUCUCCGUUCACGAACUGUAGAAUGUCUUACCAUAGCUCCAGAUUUUUCAGAUAUGAAGAGUAUCAGUAUGACAAUUCACCCAAAGGUGCUUCGCAUCUUGUCCUCUCAUGUACCCUAAAACCACUUCCACUCCAGGACUCAAUGUGAGCAUUCAGAGGGGAGGUUGCCAGGGCCUCUGUAUUAUUAAUAAGGUUAUUGUUGUUGUUGUUGUUGGUUUAAUCAUCUGAGUCAUGCUACAAUGUUCUCAACCUAGAGGUGCUGGCACAUACAGGUCAUAAUAGCCUACAUGGUGCAUGGAAAGAGAGGAAGACUCUGGAAUCACAAAAUAUUUAACUUUCAGUGUGUGGAGAUCCAAUUUCUUCACUGCAAAAGUCAAUUUCUAAAGUUAAUUGAGAAACUACCAUGAGGGCCUCAUUUAUAAAUUUAAUAUUUAAUACCAAUAUAUCCCUCACUACACAUUAUAUGAUUUUAUUUAACUUGAAAAGGGGAAGCAAAAGUGAUGGAUGACAACAUUUUUUUGGACAGCAUUUUAAUUCAAGGCUUAUCAUUUUCCACUACAAAGUCAACGUGACCCCUCAAAUUGAGAGAAGCUAGUAAGAUUAUUUUAAUCUCUUAUAAAAUCUUUAAUCGGAUUUUCUAAGGUCUCUCCUGUUCUAAAAGCUUCCCCUCCCACCCCCCGCACCCCACCCCAAAAGGCAGGGGCUGGAGACGUUGGAUCUGAGUUUUUUUACAGACCAUAUGAUAGCUGCUUGCUGGAGGACUGGCCCUUAGCCAAGGAGUUAAAGUUACUGAAUCCAAUCUCUAAGAGCCAAAAUCCUCCCCGCUUUCUAGCAAGCAGGCCUUCCUUUCCACCUCAGGAAACGUCUGAUAUAACGUGUUUCAAACGAGCUGGCUCGCUUCCUGGCUCACCGCUUUCGAGCCGGGUACUUGGCACAGGCCCCAAGUGCAGAGGCCAUGCCCGGGGACUAAAUAGAACGUCUCCUUUGGCCAAAAGGGUAAAAAGCAACGAAAACAGAACACAUGCAAAUUUCUACCCCUAGUUUUUCACAGCCCCAUUCGUAUGCAUUUGGAAAAAAAAAAAAAAAACCAAACAAAAAACGUGAGCUAUGGUAUCUCGGACACCUGGUCCUUCAGAACAGCAAGUUUGGCUUUCGGUUUCAGCCAAUGCUUAUGGCCAGGCCUGAUCCUGGUGGGUUCACUCGAUGAAAGACGGAGUGUGAUGUGUAGCUCCAGGAGUUGUAUCAUGAGGGACAUUAAGAAACUGAAGGCCGUUCAGGGCAGAGUCACCUGUGGGAAAUAGCAGGUCAAAGUUUCCAAGAACUUGAGAGAAGUGGGGCCCUUAAGCCCGGAGUAAAGGUAGCGUCCUUUGUUUAUUUGAUCAUUAAUUCAACAAAUGUUUGUUGACCGAAUCCUGUGGAACGAAUCAAUCCAUUGACCAGUGAAAGAUUUCUUGACGACUUGCGAUACGCUAGGCACUGUGAGAAGCGCAAGUGCUUCCAUAUGGUCACUUUCAAAAAUGUGCCAUGAAAUCCGGUUGUUGUUGGAAGGAACAAGAAAACAGUAGUCAAGUCUUUUUCACCAUGUUUCACUUACAUAUCUCAAAACGUUGUCAGUGUAUUUUCGGCAGUGCCUACCAGUCAAGAGAACGGUGUCAGGCUUUUUUCCCCAUGGCUUGUAGAACAGCGAACUAGCUUCUCAUUGUUCUUGUUGCUCAUCCGUCACUACCCUGACAUGGUCCCUGUUCCUUGAGGAGAAUCACCAAGCUAGCCUCCUCUCCUCCUCCAAAGAGGAUUCUCCUCAACCAUAUAGUCGCUGGCGGACGGUGAGUUCUUUUCUACUGAGCCCUUCCGGCAUGCAGAAUUGCCCCCUCACCGGGCAGUCCAUCCCUUCGUUUGUCAGAAAGCAUUUCCUUCUUUUGUUUACAUAUCUAACCACCUUAUUGCUAACAUUAAGAAUGUCCGCGUCUAUACCUCUCGUGGAUAUAGGCUCGAAGCCCAAACCAUGUCCCCAUUUUGGUAAAAGGCCAGGUGCUGUGUGUGGGUGCUAGGGCCCAGAGCUGCUUUGAACAGAGGUCUAAUUUCAAACCAUUCCAUUUGAGAAAUAGUCAACUUCUAACCCGCUCAAAAAAUCAUUUAUUUACUCAACAUCCCCUAUGAGGCACGGGGGCUAUGAAGAUGGAUGAAACAAGGUUCCUGCUUCGAGGAAUUUCUAUUCUCUCGGGGGAAGUUAGAAGUGAAACUAAAGGCAGCAAAGUGUUACACGUGCUGUGAUAGAAAAACAUAAAACAUCCAAUGUGGGCCCAAGAGCGGGACAGGUGAUUUUUUUUCUAGAAGGGUCAAAAAAGACUACCCUGCCAUAUGAAAGUGUUAAAGACCACAGAGCCAUGUUAAGAAAUACUAAUGAUGUACACUCAUUCCUGCACUCAGCAAGCAUUCACGAAACCCACUGUAUCAGUCACCAGAGCCCCCAUAUGGGCAACUUAACCUCCAAUCCUGCCUUCUGAAACUUUUCUUUCUAGAUGACUCCAAAGUGACAAUUUCUUUCCAAGCCUCCACAGACAGCUCUAGCUCACGUGUUAUUCCACAGAAUCCAGUGAAUUUACUAUUACUGCCGAUGUAACAGCACAUCAAGCCCACAUUUGCCAGCUACUGACAGUUCGUGCUGUGCAAGGGAAGACAGGCAGAAAUGGUCAACUCUACUCCCUGGCCUGUGACCACUGAAAAUCACCCAGGAGCAAACUCCCAUCUCUGCCUGUUUGUCUGUCUGUUUUUCUCUGUCCCUCCCUUCCCCCCCUCCAGAUCGAGAUGAUGGUGCCAAAAAGACAGAAGGAGGCUGGUACCCUGAAUCACUACCUGGAGCAGGAACACCUGCCCGCAGGCCCAUAAUGUGACCAAGUAACACAUUUCCAUUGUGUUCUCACAGUGAUUCCGGUAUCGCCAGCCCGGGCAGUCAAGCUGCUCUGAACUAACAUGGCAGCACAAGGAUAUGCUUUAUGACCGUGGGUGGCCUCCGUUACCAUGGGAGCUUUCCAGGGCAGUGGUGUGUACUUCCUCAUAGAAUUCCCAGAAGGCAGGUGAGAAAUGAAACAGAGCAGAGCAAGGUUACCCCACAAUGCAAACAAG